UUUUACGGCAGUUGUGUCUACUGUACGUGAGGUUUACUCGCGCGAACUGUAGUCUUCACAAUAACCAAUCUAAAUCCUUUUAUGUCUUAAUGUUUUUACACAAGUCUUUUGAAAUUCGCUAUUUAUAAAAGGACGGUCAUCCUCUCCGAGAAUGGCAGACAAGGUUGUGGAUCGUGGGCCAUGGACAGGAUGUGCGGUCAUGUUUCUGCAGUCGCUCUGUCCUGCUGUGAAUCUGCUGUCGCUCUACAAGGACCAGCAGGAGGGAAAGUUUGUCGUUUUCAAAGUCAUCAAGCUGACACUUACAGAUUCUGCUGGAGGUCUGGGUGGUUAUGAGAUACUCAAGGUCCAUGAUGCUGAUCCCUAUCUGGGGGUGGAGGUGAAGUUUGUGGAUGUGGCAGCAUGUCAGCAGUUCCUGGAGAGCUACAGCUCUAGAGCAGUGCAUCAGUCACUCUCCCAACACGCAUGCCGGCUUCUCGCUCUUCCCCAAGAGCUCACAGUGAACACCCAGCUCAAGGCCAGCACACACAUCCUGGACCUCCACCUGGACAAGCUGGAACUCUGUUUACAGCACAUCCACCGGUCACAGCCGGAGCGCCUGCGCGAUGAGGAGAUUGAUCGUCUGGAGCAGCUGCUGCAGAGUCAGGCCCUGCGUCCUGCCCCACAGCCCACUGCCGUCACACAGGAAGAGUCUCCUGUCCCCAGCAACUGCUUCAAGUUUCAGAACAGAGUGUUUGAGGACCGAAUGCUGACAGCGGCAGAUGUUCAGAGCUUUUCUAACGGAGUGGGCCGUCAUUGGAAGAAUGUAGGGAGGGCCCUGGGGAAGAGCUGCCGGGCUUUGAAGGGUCUGGCCAUAGACAACCUGGCCUACGAGUAUGAGCGAGAAGGGCUGUAUGAGCAAGCCUAUCAGCUGCUCAGCCGCUUCAUCCAGGCGGAGGGGAGAGCGGCCAAGCUGAGCCGGCUGGUCAAAGCACUGGAGGACUGCAAACUGACCAGCCUGGCUGAAAAUAUUCUGGACAUACAGCCACGAGAGUAACUGAGUGUGUUUUUGUUCUGCAUGUAUGCAUUGUGAAAGGUGGACAGGUCCUCUCUGCUUGAGCAGUUGACUUGGUCCUGCCUGCUUUUAUAUACAGUAUGCCUUGAUUGAUGUUCAAAAUCAUUCCUCCUUGUGUGUGUGUGUGUGUGUGAAAGUGUGUGUGUGAAAGUGUGAAACAGAGGAAGAGAGAGUGUGUGUGUGUGUGCAUGUUUCAGAUAUGCUGUGUGAACACAUGCUAACACUUCUGUGUGUAUUGAUUCAUAUUUUGAUUUUCAGUUAUUAGUAUUGCUGAGGAUUGUUUUCAUUUAGAUGAAAUGGCCCAUCAGCACUGUUCAAAGUAUGUGCUUGAGUCUUGAGUUUAAUGCACUGUUUUAAACUGUUUUCAUCAUGUUUCUUUUUAAUUUCUGCUUUAUAAGUCAAUUUGUAUAUGGAACCUGUUGGGUCUUGUUGCUAAUGAGUGCCCACUGAAGGUUAUUGGGUUUUUUUUUCCCUACAAAAUGGGUUCAUACAAAUUAAAUGGUUGUGAAAAAA